UCUUUGGCAUCAUUCGGUGCACUGCUCGGCGCUCUACGGAAAGGAAAACAAUUAAUACACACAGCAUACAUACUCGUAUAUUGUACAUUUUAAAUAAGAAUUUUCUACAUUUGUGGAGUGUACUAUUAUAGUUAUACUAACCUCUGUCUGCAUACUGCAUAAUGGUCAAUGAGCUAAACCGGCCACCGAAUGGGGAAAAUGCCGCCCUCAGCGAGCGCCUGGCCGCCUCCAAUCGGCAGCUUCAUGAGAUGCAGGAGGAACAUCGUCUGCUGCUGGAGGAAAUGGAAACCUUGAGAACACGCGCUGCAGAGCUCACCCGUCUGAACUCCCAGCGCCAGCAGCUAAGGCAGACAGGGCGCGGCGAAGAACAGCAGCCCCUGGCUACGUCGCCCAGUUCAGCAGAAACUCCAAUCGCAGCUCCAGUCGACCCGGAACCAGUUGCCGCCACUUCUGCCCAGGCUGUCGAAGAAGAGGAGGAGCACGGCGAUGAGGACAAAGAAGAAACAGCUAGCUAUCUGCAGGAAAAGUUGAAUGAGAUUGCCAACCUAAAGGCUCAAUUCAAGCGAGUCCAGCACAUGGUCGACACCACAAAGCUGAUCGAGCAGCAUGUGUCCACCAGGGAAUCUGUGCAGACCUCAAGUACCUCGAGUAGCUCAAGUCAGAGCAGCAGACAGACGACAAGCACAUCAAAUGCCAGCAGUCAAGUCCAAGUGGCGGCAGAGACGGAAGAGCCAGGUCGCACCGCUGCUGCUCCUGACAACGCGGAGCUGCUCAAUUCCAUGCUAAAUAUGUUUACGGAUUUCACCAGCGACCUGCGAGGCCAGGCGGAGAGUCUACGUUCGGAACGCGAUCGCAUUAGGACGCUCAAAGAAGAGAUCAUUAAGCGUAAACAGGGGAAAUAAUCUUAGCAAAUUGAACAAAAUCGCGGUUUAACGACUAACAGCCGCCACUUACCAACAAUGGAAUUAUGUAUUCAUAUCGAAAAUUAGGCAAAACACACAUAAAUAUCUGUUGAACCCCAUAGCUAAUAACAGUAAAUAAACAUGUUGAAA